AUGGGGUCCAUUGCAAAAUCCGACUACACCGCCUCAUAUGCCUUCUUUGAGGCGAUCUGGGAGGCCGGGAUCACCCAUGUCUUUGUCAACCUUGGGUCCGAUCACCCUUCCAUCAUGGAAGCGAUUACCAAGGGUCAGAGAGAAAAGAAAGACGACUUCCCCAGGAUCAUCACAUGUCCCAAUGAGAUGGUCGCCCUGUCCAUGGCAGACGGCAUGGCGCGACUGACCAACAAGCCUCAAUGCGUGAUCAUACACGUCGACGUCGGAACCCAGGGUCUCGCAGCCGCCGUACACAAUGCCUCGUGCGGACGAGCUCCCGUCCUCAUCUUCGCCGGCCUGUCUCCCUACACGAUCGAAGGCGAAUACCGUGGGUCAAGAACAGAGUACAUACACUGGAUCCAAGACGUGCCGGAUCAGAAACAGAUCGUGUCGCAAUACUGCAGAUAUACCGGGGAGAUCAAGGGUGGCAGGAACGUCAAGCAGAUGGUCAAUCGAGCCCUGCAGUUCGCCACCAGCCAUCCCCAGGGACCCGUCUAUCUGUGUGGCGCGCGAGAGGCGAUGGAAGAGGAUAUCGAGCCCUAUCACCUCGACCAAGAGCAGUGGAAGGCUGUUGCGCCGGCCGCUCUGCCACAAGAUGCCGUCAAGAUGAUCGCGGAAGAACUCGUCAAGGCCCAGGAGCCGCUGCUGGUCGUGGGCUAUACUGGCCGCAACGAAGAUUCGGUCACCGCAGCUGUCGCUCUGGCCGACAAGAUCCCCGGCCUGCGUGUGUUGGAUACUGGUGGCUCGGACAUGUGCUUCCCGACGGAUCAUCCAGCAUCGUUGGGCAUGCGGUAUGGGUCAGACCCGGCAGUCACGACCGCCGACUUCAUCCUCGUGGUCGACUGCGACGUCCCCUGGAUCCCCACCCAAUGCAAGCCCAAGGCGGAUGCAAGGAUUGUGCACAUCGACGUCGACGUCUUGAAGCGCCAGAUGCCAGUCUUCUACAUCCCGGCGUACGCUCGCUUCAGCGCCGACUCGGCAACCUCAUUCACACAGCUGAACGACUUCCUCGCGUCCGACGCACAACUGUCAGCGACGCUGUCAGACGAAGCCCACGCCGCAGCGGCGAAGAAGCGGCAAGAAGCCUACACCGCCCGCUGGAGUCGACCCAAAGAGCUCGCCAAACUGCCCGAGAACCCACAGCAGAGCCCCAUCGACCCACACGUCCUCGGCGGCCAGAUCAAAGCAGCCGUGCCAAAGGACACCAUCUUCGCCGUCGAAGCCGUCACACUGACCAUCUUCGUCGCCGAACAAUUAGCGCCCGUUCUCCCAAAGUCCUGGAUCAACUGCGGUGGCGGCGGGCUAGGCUGGUCCGGUGGCGGUGCGCUCGGCGUCAAGCUUGCGUCCGAUUUCCAGCACCGAGACGCCGCGUCGGGCGACCGUGUCGGCAGCAACAAGGGCAAAUUCGUGUGCCAGGUCGUCGGGGACGGGACGUACAUGUUCUCGGUGCCGUCCUCGGUCUACUGGAUCGCCCAGCGAUAUCAGAUCCCGAUCAUGACCAUCGUGCUGAACAACAAGGGUUGGAACGCACCGAGACGUUCCAUGCUGCUGGUUCAUCCGGACGGCCACGGCAGCAAAGUGGACAACAAGGAGCUCAACAUCAGCUUCGACCCCACGCCGGACUAUGCGGGCAUCGCAAAGGCCGCGACGGGCGGUCACGCUUGGGCAGGCACCGUCAGCACCGUCGCGGAACUGCUGGAGCAGUUGCCGCAAGCCGUCGAGGCCGUCAAGUCUGGACGAUGUGCCGUGCUUGAAGUCAAGAUUGCGGCGGAUCUGGGCACAAAGGCCGGCGACGUCAAGCAGGAGGAGGUCGCGCAGACCAGUGGGUAG